CACCACCCAGCUCGAGAGCCUGGAAUUUGGCAGUCUCUCCGCUCGUCUUCUGCCUCGACAUCCGGAAAGACACGUUGGCCGGUCCUGCGCGCGUGCUUUGCGUGCUAUAUCCCUUCCAUUUCACUUUGGAUGUCGAUUGCGGGCACAAUCUUCCCUUGAUCUUAACUGCUCCGCACCUUCGAAUCGACAGGGUACACAGAUCGCAGGAUAUACGAAAGGAUUUAGCGACUUUGUCAACAUAGGAAAUAAUAUAUACGGGCUCGAUGGCGUCACCGCAAGGGGGAUAUCCUCCCCAGGAAGGAUACGGUCAACCUGGCUAUGGCUCCCCAGGCUCGCCCUCUCAACAGCCCGGGGUACCAGUGACAGGCCCCGCGUCUCACCCUAAUGUUGGAGGGAAAAAGAAGCGUGCCUAUGCUGGCGAAGCAUUCGAGUUCGGUUUUGGUGCCAACGCAGCUUUGGGCGGACAACAACAAGGCGGUGGUGCGUAUGGUUAUAUGCCGCAACCGCAACCGCAACAAGCAGCAGGCUAUCCACCAGCUACAUAUGGCGCGGAUCCGAACCAGGUAGCCGCUGCAGGAUACGGCCAGCCAGCUGCUGCUGUCGGCGGAUAUCAGCCUCCAGUGGCCGGUUAUACUGCUCCUGCUCCCGGGGUUGACCAGAUGACCCAGCAGUUUGGCCAGAUGGGCAUGGGUACUCCGCAGCAGAUCCCGCAACAGGCUCAGGCGCCGCGAGCUGUUCCUCUGAACCAGCUUUAUCCUACUGAUCUCCUUACCCAACCGUUCAAUGUUGCGGAACUCGAUUACCCCCCGCCACCGAUAAUCUUGCCGCCAAAUACGAGCGUAUACCCUUCUCCUGAUGCUAAUUGCCCCCCUAAAUACGUGCGCUCAACGUUGAAUGCGGUGCCCACCACCUAUUCCCUUCUCAAAAAGUCGAAAUUGCCCUUCGCUCUCGUCAUUCAACCAUAUGCGGCUUUGCACGAUGCGGAGGAUACUGUGCCAGUCAUUCCAGAUCAGGUCAUUUCACGAUGUAGACGUUGCAGGUCUUACAUCAAUCCCUUCGUCAUAUUUCUCGAUCAUGGCCACCGCUGGCGCUGCAACAUGUGCAACCUUACCAACGACGUACCUCAAGCGUUUGACUGGGACACCACUCUCCAGAAGCCAGCGGAUAGGUCUUUGAGACCUGAGCUGAACCAUGCCGUCGUUGAAUUUGUGGCGCCGCAGGAGUACAUGGUCCGCCCCCCGCAGCCUCUGGUCUAUCUUUUCUUGAUCGAUGUGAGCUACGCUUCAGUCACGAAUGGUCUCCUGGCUACCAGCGCUCGUUGCAUCAGAGAGAGCCUUGAUCGCAUACCCAACGCCGACCGGCGGACGCGACUAGGUUUCAUUGCUGUAGAUUCCAGCCUGCACUAUUUCACCAUUCCACGAGAUGGAUCGGAAAAUAACGAUCCCAAGAUGCUGGUUGUUAGUGAUCUGGAGGAGCCCUUCCUGCCCAUUCCAGGAGACCUCCUGGUUACCCUUACUGAAUGUCGGGAGAACAUCGAGUCCUUCCUUGAUAAGCUGCAAGACAUGUUCCAAAACACGCAGAACAAUGGAUCUGCCAUGGGCUCCGCCCUUCGUGCUGGUUACAAGUUGAUAGCACCAGUCGGAGGAAAGAUGACUGUCUUGUCCUCUUCUCUACCCAAUGUUGGUCACGGUGCUUUGACCAUGCGAGAGGACAAGAAAGUUCUAGGCACCAGCAAAGAGAGCAGUCUCCUCCAGACCGCAAACAGUUUCUAUAAGAGCUUCGCCGUCGAGUGCUCGAAGGCUCAAGUUUCCGUUGAUAUGUUCCUGUUCUCCUCCCAGUACCAGGAUGUUGCAUCUCUCAGUAAUCUUCCUCGGUACACCGGUGGUCAGACCUAUUUCUACCCGGGCUGGAAUGCUGCUCGGACAGAGGAUGCCAUCAAAUUCGCUCGGGAAUUCUCAGACUAUCUCUCCUCUGAGAUCGGUCUGGAAGCAGUUCUGCGCGUGCGAGCGACUACUGGUCUGCGCAUGAGCACAUUCUACGGAAACUUCUUCAACCGCAGCUCCGAUCUCUGUGCAUUCCCAGCAUUCCCACGUGAUCAAGCCUAUGUUGUCGAGGUCGCCAUCGACGAGACUGUCACUAAGUCGGUGGUCUGCAUGCAGACCGCUGUGCUGCACACUACCUGCAAUGGCGAGCGAAGAAUUCGAGUCUUGACAUUGGCUCUUCCGACAACACAGACGCUGGCUGAUGUAUACGCAUCCGCUGAUCAACAGGCUAUUAUGACCUACUUCAGUCAUAAAGCUGUUGAGCGGACGCUCGGAAAUGGCCUGGAAUCGGCUCGCGAAGCCCUACAGAACAAGGCUGUUGAGCUUCUGUCGACAUACCGGAAGGAGCUUGCUGGUGGCAGUGUCAGCGGUGGCGGUCUCCAGUUCCCUGCUAACCUGAGGGCUCUGCCUGUGCUCUUCCUGGCCCUAACGAAGAAUCUGGGUCUACGGAAAUCUGCUCAGAUUCCGACGGAUAUGAGGUCUGCAGCCCUGUGUCUGCUCUCGACUCUCCCUCUCCCCCUUUUGAUCCAGUACAUCUAUCCGAAGAUGUACUCCCUGCAUGACAUGCCUGAUGAUGCAGGGUUGCCGGACGAGAAGACCGGCCAGAUUAUCCUGCCACCGCCAGUUAAUCUGUCAUCGGAACGACUUGUCCCGUACGGUCUCUACCUUAUUGACGAUGGCCAGACACAGUUCCUCUGGGUCGGACGGGAUGCUGUCCCUCAGUUGGUCCUGGAUGUCUUCGGCUUGCCGGACAAGUCCCAGCUUCGCGUUGGAAAGCAGUUCCUGCCUGAGCUGGAUAAUGACUUCAGCGAACGAGUCCGGGCUGUCAUCCAGAAGAGCCGCGACCACCGGGCCAAGGGCGUCGGCAGCAUCGUAUUCCCACAGUUGUAUGUUGUCAAGGAGGACGGUGAACCAGGGCUGCGGCUAUGGGCUCAGACGAUGCUGGUCGAGGACCGGGCCGACCAAAGCGUCAGUCUGCCGCAGUGGAUGGGCUCGUUGCGGGAGAAGGUAUGACCACCCAUAAGUUAAAACAACCACCCGACG